UCAAAUUGAAAUGCAUGUUAUUAUUUUUCGAGGUCGUAUUCAGUUGUUAUAUAUCUGUUUUGCUUUAGUUGGAAUCGUAAGAUAUGCUACCUGCUCAGAUUUUUUGAUAGUUUCAUCAGAGAGUGGUCUUCAAGAGUUCAGUCUGCUAACUUUCAAAUUAAGACGAGAUUUGUAUUCAAAUGCUCGAACAUUUGCUGUUUCUUCGCUGUUUUCCAAGGGUUUUAUUUUCUGGGUAGAAGAAAGUAAUGGAAAUUACAAAAUUAAAAGGGCGAGUUAUCUGCCGGGAACUCUUAUUAAUCAAACAGAUAUUGUUGACCAUAUUUCGUCCAUCGGUGAUAUAGAAGUUGACUGGAUUCACAAGAAUCUUUACUGGCUUGAUCCAGAGAGAUCUACAAUCCAGGUCUGUAAGCUAGAUGGGUCACAUAUUAAGACGGUGUAUAAAGAUAAAGCUCUACAGAUGAGUGAUUUAGCGUUAGAUCCUUAUGAAAGAUGGAUGUAUUUGGCUGAUUCUAGUGAAGUGCCGAAGAUUAUCCGCAUUGGAAUGGAUGGAAGUAAACAACAAGUUCUUGUUAGGACUGGUAUAAGUGCACCAAGUGCUAUUACAAUAGAUCAAAUACAACACAGAAUUUAUUGGGUAGAUGAAAAGCUUCAAAACAUUAAAUCUUCCAAGUUUGAUGGAAGUUACGUCACAGUUGUAAUCAAUUUACAAACAGACAAGAACAGUUCCUUUGGGCUUGCUAUAGUUGGUUCUCAUAUUAUAUGGGCAAAUUAUAAUUCGGGCAAUAUCCAAAUGAUCAACAAAACAGAAAAUAAACAUCAGUCUAAUCCUUAUCAAUUAGGAAUCACAAAUAAACCAUACGGAUUGGAAGUAUUUGGUCAAAAGGCGAAAGGAUGUAAUUUUUGUGGUAUCAAUAACGGAGGAUGUCGUUAUUUAUGUUUGCCAACCCCGAGACUGACGUUACAUGGCCGUUCGAACAAAUGUGUCUGUCCAGAUUUGAAUGUCCAACAAUGCAUUGCAAGAGAGGUACAAGGUAGAACUGAAGACAUGACAUCUUGUCAGCGGAUCCGAGAUAGCUUAACAGGAAAUUGCCAGUAUCCUAAGUGUACCACAAAUGGUGCAUUCGAAGCCUUACAAUGUGACUUCAUCGAUGGAGUAAAGACAUGCUGGUGUUCCGAUUUAUUUGGAAACAUAAUUCCUGGGACCAAAAUGGCUGAUUCAAAUAUACCAGAUUGUUAUAAAGGAGAAAAUUUAAAGAAUUGUUUAUUAAGUUUAGUCUUGUUCAAAAGAGAGUUAAAAACACAACACGAACCAGUGUGCACAGCCACUGGAGAUUUUGAUGAAAUACAAUGCAAUCAGCAGGAUUGUUGGUGUGUUGAUACAAAUGGCGAAGAACAUGAAGGUUCUCGUGUGGCACGUCCAGAAACACCACCAUGUAAAGAAAACUACAAAAUUCAUUUAACUGCAGUAUCCAUUGCUUUCCUUUUGUGUGUUGCAUGCGUGAUCCUGGCGUUUUGCAUCCAGCGAAGGCAGCUGAACAAUCCUUGCACUUCUCCCAUCCGUGAGCAAGCACAGAUUGCCCCUGAAAUUCAGACACAUCACUAUGAUGAAAUCACAGACUUAGACGAUUCUAACAGUAUAGAUUACGUUUCUCAUAGUCUUGAUGACGAUACAUACGAGACUCCACGGUUAACAAAUAACAAAGUACUCAGACGAAAGCAUUCUGAUGAAGACAGUCUUGGAUAUUUAAAGCCACAUACUUAUCACAAUAGUAUUGUCCAUGUUGUCAGUCACGGUAACAUAGGAAAUAUCAACCUAGACAAAGAUACUUCAGCACUUAAAAGAAACAAAUUUGGUUAUGCCGUUCCAGUGAAAAUUCAUAAAAAGAAGACAAUACAACAGAACACAAACAAAAUUUGAAAAAAGAAACACAUUUUAUGUGCUAUUCCAAAGGAAAUCAAACGUAUAAGACAAUUUUAGAAACAUUCCCUCAAUUUGUUGGAAGUCCCUUAAGACAUAAGGAACGGAUGGAUUGAAUAUUGUUUAGACGUGUAACCUUCCACUGAUUAGACACUAACAAAUAAGAUCAACUGCACAAUAAUUACAAGAGGUUAAAGAGGACCCAACUAAACUUGUCACUUGGAUUUUGGUAUUUUGGCGAAGCACG